AUGUCCGACAACGACAGUGAGAAGCAAGAUACUGCCAUGGCAGAGAGACUCCGUCGUUAUCAAACAGCCGAGAGCGUCCUGCUGCCCAUCCCGCGAGAUGUUUUCGAGAAGCUGUACCUGAGUCCGAAGACACCGAAUGCAUCAAAGCUGCGCUUCACAUUUGGUAAUCCCACGCCGAUCGCAUUGAUGGGUUUCCUGUUGUCUGCGUUCCCGACAGGCAUGAUAACGAUGGGCUGGAGAGGAUCUGGCGGAAAUGGCGGUGCAAUUCUACCGGUCUACAUCUUCUUCGGCGCAAUGUUACAGAUCCUCGGAGGUAUCGGUGAAUGGAUUCUCGGAAAUACAUUCUCUAGCGCUCUAUUCUUCACCUACGGCACCUUCUGGCUGGUCCAAGGUACCUCCCUCAUUCCAUUCUUCGCCGUGGGCGCAAUGUACUCGCCUGAUGGCAAUACACUGGAAGGGAUAAAAACGGCUGAGUACAACUCCACUCUCGCCUUUUACUAUGUCACCCUUUCACUCCUCACAUUUGUAUACAUGAUCUGCUCUCUCCGCACAAACAUCUGCCUCUUCAGUGCACUCUUACUGCUCACUAUCACAUUCGCAUUGUUCGCCGGCACGUUUUUCCAGACUGCGCUGGGUAACUUGGCCCUGGCAGCCAGGCUACAAAAGGCGGCCGGUGCAUUCAAUUUGGCACUCUGCUUUCCAAUCUGGCAUAUCUUUAUUGCGCAGGUCCUGGAUGCGGUCGAUUUCCCGAUCUCACUGCCAGUUGGCAAUCUGAGCACUGUUAUCCUUGGAAAGCGCCAAAAGGCCCAGAAGCGCGAGGCUGCUGAGGCUGAGAGCUAA